AUGAGAGUUAAAAGAGAGUUAAAAGUGAGUCAAAGAGAGUCAAAAGAGAGUCAAAAAAGAGUCAAAAGAAAAACAAAAGAGAAAUCUAAGGAAUGUGAAAAAAGCAAACUCAAAAGUCAAAAUAGAGUCUAUGAAGACUCAAAAAGUAGAAAAAGACACAAAACGAGUAGAAAAAUAGUUUAUAGGGAGGCUUAA